AUGUCGCCAACCUCGGGGUUUGCAAGUGGGCCCCGACGGUCGAUGACUUUGAACAGCGAUGCUAUGUCAGCAUCUGGAGAGGGGAAUGGGAAGAGGCGUGGAAGCGUCGUGGCAUUGGCCAACUUCCAGAAGAUGGAGAGUGACAGCAAGCUAUCGGAGCACAGCGGCCUGCAUCUUUUCGGCAAGAUACGAGCAAGAGUCACAUUCCUGGUCAAGCGCGACUAUAUAUCCAAUAUGAUGGCCAUUGUGGUCCUCAUCGAUGCACUUCUUACUGCGACAGAUAUUGAUGCCCGAGCUGCCGAGCGGCUACCUCCGCCCAUCGUCGGGACACUGUCAGAGAUGUGUCUGUAUUGCUACACUGCCGAGCUGCUUCUGGUAUUGACUGUCAAAGGCCUCAUAGCUCUGAGGGACUGGAUGGUUGUACUCGAUCUGGUGAUCGUCCUCUGUGGCUAUGUGGAGUUGGUGAUGCUGAGACUUGCAUAUGGAGGAGACCUGGCAGACUCUUUGGGCACGCUCCGUGUCUUGCGCUUGGCCCGAAUUGUGCGAUUGAUGAAUCUGCUGCGGAAGAGCCGCUCUCUCAAAGAGUUGCAGAAGCUGGUCAUCAUGCUCACGACGUGUAUGAAAGCCCUGGCUUGGUCCUUCCUUUUCUGCUUUGUGAUAAUGACUAUUUGGGCCAUGAUGAUCGUGGAGAUAGUCCAUCCACAUGUCAAAGAAAUGUAUCUCACAACAGAUGUGUUUGCAGACUGCGGGGAUUGCUUGCAGGCGACAGAGUCAGUUAUGGGCGCCAAUCUGCUCCUGUUCAAGACGGUAAUCGCAGGAGACAGCUGGGGUCAGAUUGCCGUGCCUGUGAUCAAUCGACAUCCCGAGACAUUCCUCAUAUUCGUUGGCUCUUCUUUGACGCUCGUCUUCGGCGUCUUAAACCUGAUCGUUGCGCCUGGGCGGCAAUAA